GGAGGAAAUGGUGGGAUGACGAAUGACAACAAUCAACAAUCAAAGAUAAAAAAAACAAUACUGUUUUCCAUUUAAAUUGGCUCUUAACAGUCUUGGCUCUGUUUUUGAAAAACCUACACCACUAGAUGAUUAAUAAUUAUUCACAGACAUUAAACCAACUUCUUAAUUAGUUAACUACAAUUCCUUAAAAUGUCUACUACAGUAGAUGAUUUAAUCGACUAUGACUGUGAUAGUGAUAACACCUCUGAAGAAGAGGAUGAGGAUGAGCUUACUAAAAUAAUACCACCCCAAGUUGAGGAUACAAAUGAAGUCUUCAAAGCAAGAUAUGUCCUAGGCAUACUGGGAUUUUUAGGUUUUGCAAAUGUUUAUGCUAUGAGAGUUAAUUUAUCUGUAGCUAUUGUCGCUAUGGUUAAUCAAACAGCCUUUCCUGAACCAAUUAGUAAUAAUACUUUUGAACAUUGCCCGUUACCUAAUACCACAAAUUCUACCAUACCAGAUAAACCUGGAGAAUUCGUGUGGAAUGAGCAAACCCAAGGAUUAGUAUUAGGUUCCUUUUUUUAUGGAUACGUUUGCACACAAAUACCUGGGGGAAGAUUAGCAGAAGUAUUUGGUGGAAAAUUAGUCUAUGGUGUUGGAGUGUUGGUCACUUCACUGUUCACAAUUUUAAGUCCAAUUGCUGCGCGAACAAAUUUUACACUUUUCAUACUUGUAAGGAUUCUUGAGGGAAUGGGGGAGGGAGUGACGUUCCCUUCAAUGCAUGCAAUGUUGGCUCGGUGGAUACCACCUUUGGAAAGAAGUAGAUUCGCUGCCUAUGUGUAUGCAGGUUCAAACUUUGGUACUAUAAUAUCGCUCCCUCUGUCAGGAUGGUUAUGUUCGUUAGAUUAUAUGGGUGGAUGGCCCCUAUCCUUUUACCUCUUCGGUAUAUUGGGGAUGUUCUGGUUCAUUUUCUGGAUGUAUUUCAUUUAUGACACACCAAGCACACACCCUAGGAUAGAUAGUAAAGAAAAAACAUUUAUUUUAGCUAGUUUAGGACCUCAGGAUGAAGAUGACAAUUCGCCCAUACCAUGGUGCAGUAUGAUGACCUCUCUCCCCUUAUGGGCAAUUUUGGUUACGAUGUGCGGAAACUCUUGGGCCUUUUACACCCAACUCACAGAGCUCCCCAAGUACAUGAGCCAAAUUUUACAUUUCAACAUACAACAGAAUUCCAUCUUGUCAGCAAUACCAUACCUAACAAGUUGGUGGUUUGGUAUUCUGGCCAGUAUAUUCGCUGACUGGUUAUUGAGGAAAGGAUACUUAUCACUGUCGAUGUCCUACAAAAUAUUUAAUUCGAUAGGCAGUAUAAUUCCCUCACUAGGACUAUUAGGAGUAGCAUAUGUUGGCUGUGACAGACUGUAUACACAGCUCCUGUUAGCUAUUCCGGGAGCCUUCGCUGGCGCUAAUUAUGCAGGAAAUCAAAUGAAUCACAUCGCACUCAGUCCGAAGUACGCAGGAACCAUGUAUGGGAUUACCAAUGCGGCAGCGAAUAUGUGUGGAUUUUUGGCUCCUUACGUUAUAGGGUUGAUAAUAGAGGAUCGGGAUACUUUGGGACAAUGGCAGAUUGUCUUUUAUUUAGCCGCUGGCAUCAAUAUUGGUGCGAACUUAUUUUAUAUUGCCUUUGCCAGUGCCAGAGAACAACCAUGGUCAAGAUCACGAAGAUUAAGUAAUGUUAACUGACAUGCACUCUAUUCAGCUGUGCUUGUUGAUUUUUAAAUCAAUUUAACGGAAGAUCUUUAUACUAUUGUAGAUAUUAUUUGUUGGAUUAAGUUUUAUGUGAUAUCUCAACUAUAUUAUAUGUAUGGGAGAGAAAUGAUUCUCCAGUAUUUUUUGUAUGAAAUAUAUGAUAAUUUUCUCAAACAAAA